AAAUAGCGCACUGACCAGAAGAAGGUAUAUAAGUGCCAUUAUGAUCGCUUUAUUAAUUCGAUUCUUGUCACCUUAACGUUUCUUCUCGACCAACUCGUUCUAAACGCAGUACGAGUAAACAAAUUAAAAGUGUACGUUAUCACGUUAUUUGCUGUGGGGAUCAAACAUUCGUCAUCUUUCUCUCUCAAUAUUUUCGAUCUCAUCAUCAACUCUCUGAUCUCUGACAAUUUCAAUAAGAGCCGGUUCGGAAAAGGUCAAAGUUUUUCAACAUUGGUUUCAUCCUCUUACCGGGUUUCAAAAUUAUCAUCGGACAUCUGGUCGAUCACAAAAUGUACAAACUGAAAAGAGUGUUCUCCAGCAAGUCGCUCAAGAACAAAAUUGUUGAGAAUGAUGUAACUCCUCCCUUACCUCCCAUAAAGAGAAGUGUCUCUACGACUCCGGCGAACUCUUCCAUUUUCCAGACCUUCACCCCACUCGACACUCUCGCACCCCCUGUGAUACCUCUACCUCAAUUUGACUCGCUCGACUCAUCUUCUCCUGAUUCAACAAUCUCGAAAACUUCAAAAUCAUCUGAUCUGCGUCGGUCACGUUCCCUCACUGGUCUAAUCAACUUCUUACACCUGGAAGAAGAUCAAGAACAACCUUGGCGCUCUUCCGAAGCUUGGCAUUCCGCACUUGCUCGUCAAAAUUCCCGUCCGGUCUCCCCAAAUCAGAAUUGUCGUCAGCGCGGAUCAUGGCGAAGAGAAGCAGGUUGGAGAUCACAUGGUCGUGGUGGUUUCUUUGGCGCUGGAAUCAGUCCUAAGAAGCAUAUGAAAAACCUUCAGAUCUCUCUCUCCUCACCCUCGAUCACACCUUCGUCGUCUCUCGCCACUGUUUCUUCAACUUCUAGACCAUCACUUCAUAUCUUCCAAGUCGAUGAUGAGGACGUAUUCACCGAUGUUGACUUUGAUCAUUCGAUUGAACUCGGUCUUCAGUUAUACAAUGCCAAACCCAUGCUCCAUUCCGCUCGACCUCUUCAGCCAGCUCGUCCAGGAUUCGGCAGCACUCGUGCUAGAGGUUUACGAAAAGCUUCCGAAGCACCUACUAUCUCGUCAUUCGCUAGUAGUGACAGUUCUUUCAGCUCGGCUUCAGAUAUUGGAAUGGAUCUUCUACCACUUACGCCUUCCACUGUUCCAAGAUUGAGGACAUCAGCAUCGUGUACCGACCUUCGACAGAGCGCGAUAUCUUGGGGAGAACGUCGACCUUCUUUGCCCGUCGCUCACACUCAACCAUUGAUGCUUUCUGGCAAGCCGCCCACGUCCUUUACACAGCGUUCUGCCAAAUUGAUGCGUCCUCCCGCCAGGCCUCUUCCUCUCCCUGAUUGCGGACAGUCCAAACAACACUCCUCCCUCAUGCGUCAGCCACCAUUACCCACUCGUCCCCAGUUCGAUGAAGAAUACUUGGAUCCCGAGAUUGUGUUAACCCCAACGUCGGCCUUCUUCUUCGGCCCAAACCCAAAGUGGACUAGUGUCCCCGACAAAACGCGGCAUGAGGAUGCCCACAGAGGGACGACACCUGAGGAGAUCAAGUCUACCGGCUUGCUUGUGGCGAAACCGGCUAUCCUGCGCACACCCAGUCCAGCGAGGGAGAAACUGUAUUCAGGAGGCUGGAUCUAGGUCUGCGAUUGGUUGGUGUUAGGGUAUGUCUUUGAUCAGAAUAUGUUGCAGACGACGAGCUUUGGAUUGGUAGAUGGUUAACGACUUUUACGGUAGAUAGAUGAGCUUCUGGAUCAUGUGGUUUGAGUCGAGUAUAUGUUUGCUUUCAUGAAGCACAUGCAUACAAUUCAGUCUUC